AUGGAGGCCUCAGGCUCCUGCAAAGGUUGUAAAAAGAAUUCUUUGAUUCGGGACGAUGUAACGGGCUCAUUGGUGUGUUCAUCCUGCGGCCUCAUCCAACCUUUCGACAACUACGAUCCCCAAUUGGGUGGCCUCAAUGGUCCACAGGGCACAUUCGUCCGCGUCGGCACCGCCGGAACCGGAAGCUCCUUGAACUACAAGGACAAGAAAAUCUUCGAAGCCCAGAAACUCAUCGAUGACUUGAUGUUCAAGUUAGGGUUUUCGAGUGAGAAGUCGAAUGAGGUCAGGAUAAUGGUUUCCACCAUUACAGAAGGAGAGUUCGGUCAAGGCGAUUGGUUCCCUGUCCUCGUUGGCGCUUGUUCGUAUGUUGUAAGGCGGCGGAGCAAUCGAGCACUGCCGAUUGCCGAAGUGGGGGCGGUGAUUGGUUGCGAUGUUUAUGAGCUAGGGCGAAUGAUCGGCCGCGUUGUUGAAUUUUUGAAUCUGAAAUUGCCGGAGCUUGACAUUGUGAAUUCCUUCGAAUUAGCGUUUCGAAAAUGUGGGAGUUUGAAUAGGGUUUCCAAGGAUAAGGUGGAUCAAAUGCUUAAACAAGGCAAAUUUUUGGUGCAAUGGGCAGUGAAAUGGUUUUUGACGACGGGGCGGAGGCCACUGCCGAUGAUUGCAGCUGUGUUAAUGUUUGUUGCAGAAUUGAAUCAAGUGGAUAUUCGGAUCGAGAAUAUUGCAAAUGAAAUUCAUGCCGGAGUGGCCACGAGUAGGUUAAGGUAUAAAGAGCUUUCAGAGGCUCUUGUGAAAGUAGCCCAAUCAUUGCCAUGGGGGAGUGAUGUUUCCUCUAAAAAUAUAGUCAAGAAUGCACCUUUUGUGAUUCAAUAUAUGGAGAUGAAGUUGAGGUCACAAUUAUCCGGAAAACCCAGAAAAGGGAAGAAGAAUUUGGAGAGGAUUGGUUUUGAUUUGGACAGUGUUGUUAGUGAAUGUUUGAAGAAAGAAUUUGACUAUGUAUCCGAAGGUUAUAGCAUUGACAAGGGUGCUGCAGCAGAUGAUAGAAAUGGGUUAUUGUUAGACAUUGAUGACUCCGAUAAGCUCAAGCUUUCGCAAGAAUCCUUGUCUUUGAUGUACUCUAAGUUUGUGAAUGAGGGUUCUCGGGUUAACCCUAUGGGAGAUGAUGGAGGGGAUAACAGAAGAAGAAAAAGGCGGAGAGAGUAUGAUCCUCCUGUAAUUAAGAAUUGGUGGAAUGGAAAAUCGGAAAAGGGUAAAAAGCUUUUGCUUAAGCAGAUACUGGAGAAAGAUGUAGGAUUGAAUGCUUUGCCUCCAUCUUUUGUUUCCGGAUGCUUAGCCUAUGAACGGAGAAGGGAAAAAAUAAAUGCUGCUAAGCUGCGCAUCAAGAAGGUUAUGUAUCCAUCAAAUACUAGUUCAGAUGACACAGAUGAUUUUUCGGCCAAGGAACAGGAACAUUUACAUGCGGAGAAGAAACGAAGGAGAGCAAAAGUUGAUAUUGAUUGGGAAGAUUUUGCCAUUGAAACCCUCCUCCUUCAUCAUGUUAAAGAAGAUGAAAUUGAGAAGGGGCACUACAAUACCUUAUUGGAUCUUCAUGUUUUCAACUCAGGGAAUUUGUGA